CAGUCAGUCUCCCUCUCUGCCUUAAACUUCCCCAUUUCCCACAAUUUGACACACAUACGUAACAGUGCUCACCCAAAUUUCUAGCCGUUAGAACUCAGAACUCUCCUUUUAUCGGUGUCCUUCCUCCCUUCAUAAAUGUGAAGCAUUUUCCCGUUUCUUGCAGCCAUUUUUUUUCUCACUAUGGCUAAUCGCCCAGCUGCCCCAACAAGCGUUUCGAGAUCUACGGAUACCAUAAUUGACAUUGCAAGUAUAAAGAUGCAGUCUUGUUCUGAUUCUUCUGAAAAUCGGGAAGGGACUGACAAGAACACAAUCCCAAUUUUGGGUUCUUCCUGUUCACUGAAAAGAAAGAGGCCCCCCAAGAUUGAGAUCCCAAACGUCUUGCGCGAAAUUUUUGUCGGUAAAGAGCUUAGUCUCAGAGAAUGUGCCCCCCAAGAAAAUGCCGUGUGCUCUGGUGGUUAUGGUGUUGGUGUUUAUUCUCUCAAAGGCAAGAAAAAGUUCAUGGAAGAUGCCCACAAGAUUGUUACUUGCUCAUUUAACAAAAAGGGAUUUUUUGGGGUAUAUGAUGGACAUGGGGGUAGUAAGGCUGCAGAGUUUGUAGCAGAGCAUUUGCACUCAAAUAUAUAUGAAAUGUUGAAGAAUUCUUCCGGAAAUGCACCAAAGGAAGAAGAUAUUAAAGCAGGUUAUUUGAAAACUGAUGAGGAUUUCUUGAAGCAGGGCUUAGGUAGUGGAGUCUGUUGCGUUACUGCCUUGAUUGAAGACAAGGAUAUUGUCAUUUCAAAUUUGGGAGAUUGUAGAGCAGUAUUAUGUAGAGGAGGAGCAGCUGAAGCCCUCACAAAAGACCAUAAGGCAGGACUGGAGGAUGAACGUAGAAGAAUAGAAGAUAAGGGGGGUUUUGUACAACAUCAUCGAGGAGCUUGGAGAGUUCAUGGGAUACUUGCUGUUUCUAGAAGCAUUGGAGAUGCACAUUUGAAGGAUUGGGUACCAGCUGAACCAGACACAAAGAUCAUAUCUUUAACCAAGGAUAUGGAAUAUCUUGUUUUAGCAUCUGAUGGACUUUGGGAGGAGGUUGGCAAUCAGGAAGCUGCAGAUAUUGUGGCACGAUCAUGUUCGCGUGAAGAGAAAGCUAUUUCAAAGGAGAGUACUGAUGAGUAUGGCAGGAUAAACUUGAGUCCUUCUCCAAAGUUGCGCAGAGUGUCUCUCAAGUCAAAAAGGACUGGUCAGUUCCCCAGCUCCAAGAGAACAGUAGAAAACUGGAAUACAAGUGAAGCUAACUUCAGUAGUGAAAAUGAUAGCCCUCGAUCCAAGGCUCAGCGAAUUUCACUAUCAAGCCAAGCGAAUAUGAAAAGUACACAUCCAAGUCAUGAAAAUAGUAUCUUUGGAACCAAGCCUGCUUGUAGUAGACUGGUGGCAGCAUGCAAGGAACUUGUUAACUUAGCUGUAAAGAGGGGUAGUUUGGAUGACAUUACUGUGAUGGUAAUCGAUUUAAAUAGUUUUAGAAACUAAAGUAAUUUUGGCUGUCCUUGAUGUUUGAAUAAGUAUGUCAACAUUGUACAUGUUCAGCUUUAGAGUCUGACCAAUCAUGCAGGUUAUGGCUGAAAUGAGACAGCGCCUACAUUUUUUUCCCAGUA